AUGGAUCCUCAGGCGGCGCUUCGCGAGCUUCAGCAGCCCAUGACACUGUCUAUCCUGACUCUCAGCGACCACAUCCUCAACACGGCACUCAACAACAACCCCAAAUCGCCCUCGAAGCGCUAUUCCAAUGCCAAUCAGACGACACAGACGCCCUCUUCCCUUGCGGCAGAUCUCGCGCAUUAUCGUGAUUUCUUCUCGAAACUGCGCUUCAGCUAUGUCGAACAAGUGACGAAAGAACGAUUCCUCCGCGCCGUGACCGCUCAAGAGCCAGAAUUCGUGACGAGCGUGGACAACGCGACGUUAGAAGUGGAGCUCGCGGAGAAGAAGAAGGAACUGAAGGAGAAGAAGAAUGAAGUCCGGGAGAUUAUCGGCGUGCUGGAAGAACAGGGACGACAAUUGGCGAGACGUGAGUCGAAGCAGCUGGUGGGCGAUUGCAAUUCACACAUACUAAUUGGGAUCGUACACGUCUAGGAUACGAACAGGUCCAGCUUCAGACAGCGCAACUCGAGAGUCUGCCUACCGACAUCGCCCAUCUAGAGUCCACGAUAUCCGAGCUGCAGCAGAGACAAGAACCCCGAUCCUCCGAUCCAGAAAUGGCCAUGCCGCUGCAACCUACGCAGGAUCUUCUCGGGGAGCGCGAACGCGAGUUACGGAACGCCGAUAUGGAGAUUGAGCGCUUGCAGGCUUCCCUGCCGGCCAAGAAGGCUGAAGUCCAGCGUUUGCAGGAUGAGCUUGCGCCGAUACAGAUGAGGAAGAUCAAGGCGGUCGAGGAAGCGCAGGAGGCGAGGAAGAGGCGGGAAGGGCCAGAUGGUGCCGCCGAUGAGCUGGAAGAGAAGGGCAGAUGGCUUCGAGGCGUCGAGUCGGGGCUGAAGGCCAUGUUGGAAGUCUGA